ACGAUUGGUAAACGCGAGUUGGCGAUUCGCUUAUAUAUGUCGAAAAGCAUCUCUGAAGUGAGGUGACUAGUCAUGAUAUUUUUUUUAUAAAUGGACGACUCGUUUUUCGGAUUUGAUACAACUAUACCGGAUGACGAUGGCGGAGGAGGGCGUAUUGCAGAACCACCGGAAGAGGAAUAUGACGCCCUUAAUGAUGAAACAUUUGGCUCAGCGAUUAAUGGUGAUUGGGAAGAGGCCCAUGAAACGCUGGUGCGGCUCGGCGGAAAGGGGGAACAAGCUCGCAAAAAAGGCGGCAGCACUGUCGGUGCCGAUUCAACUGAUUAUAGUUGCAACAGCGCUUUCAAACAUCCGCUUUCUUCGGCCCCCUCGUCAAGUGGCUCAACCCCAGCACCAUUCAAGAAUCAAUUUCGUGUACAACGCAAUAUAAGCGAGUCCGAUUUUGAGUUAAAUCUCUCGUCCAUGAAACUAGACGAUGUUGAUGUAUCGUUCUUUGGUGAAUCUGAAAACAUUGGUGGAGGUAAUGCCAGCAAUCGGAUUAAUCUCGAUUCGACUGUGUGGUCAUCACAGCCGUUUGGACAUAAUCAGCAAAUUUUGAGAGAAACUUUUCCGAACAUGUUCCAAGGGCACGUACCGUUAAAACAGGUUCAAGAGACCAAUGCCAAUUUUGGAGUACCGCCCAUACCAUCAUCAGCUCAGGCACCCAAAAUCUCUACUCUUGAGGAUAUUGAACGUAACCUGAUCAUACAACAAGCAAUACCCAAGCAGCCUCAACAAUUGCAACAAAAGCAGCAACAGCAACCAUUAACAGAGCAAGAAAUCUUUGAUGUUUUCAAUCUUGCUAAUCGACAACAUGCGGUAGGUACACCUACACCGCAGCAAUUGCAAAAAUCCCAGCAGCAGCAACUGAUUCAAAAAUCCCAACCGCUGCAGCACAAGGCACCUCCUGGCUUCUUGCCCGCACCACAAACAUCGCCACCCAGGGCAAAUUUAGGUUUUCAUGGUGCUCAUCAGCUUCCUGGUCUAAUGCCCACGCCCACACAACAGCAGUUAAAUGGCAUGGCUGGGAAUCGUGUGCCACCUGGAUUCAUCUAUCCCCCCGGUCUCGCACCAAACAUGCCGCAACAUCCUUUGCUGAAUCAGCAUGGUAACUUGCCGCCCAAUUUCCCACUUGCCGGCAAUCAGAGACCACUGCCAAAUCCACACCUACCCACAGCCCUGAACAAUUUCGCCAUGCAUCCGAGCUUCAAUGCAAUGCGAGCCGCUGGCAUGCACCCUGCGGCAUUUAUGCAGCCCGUUCAACAGGCACGACUGCCUCCACAUCCACUUCAAGCAGCAAAUAAUUUGCUUAUUCAACAACAGCAACCCAAUGCCAUGCACAAUAUGUUCAGCAUGCGGCUUGUACAGGAAAUACAACAAAAUCAUCCUCUGCUGCAGAAUGCAGCGGCUGUUGCACGCCAACAACAGCACCAGCAACAGCAAAUGCGCUCCGGAUCCAUAUCCGGCGAUCGUUCUAGACAACAGCACAAUCGUCGUGCCGAGGGCGGUGGUGGCAUCGGAGCGAAUGGCAAUUUACCGCAAGAUGAAUACGAUGAAUAUGCAAAUCUAAUGAGCACGCGGGACAAACAUUGGUUGAUCGGCAUUCAGUUAUCACAGUUGAACACUGAUACGCCCUACAUUGACGACUACUACUAUACGGUGUACAGAGAGCGCAAGGCCAUGAAGAACGGACAAUUACGUCACAGUCAGGCGCAUAAGGACAACCAAUUGAACCAUCCAUUGACUCAACCACGAGGUCAUGCACAGCUAAUUCUUGUGCAAUUGGGCAACAAGAAUGGUGCACGCAAUGGUCAGCAUCGUGAGCGACGUAACUCUGAGAAUACUACCAACAGCACUACGUCAAACAAUACCAGCUCUACGCCAUUGCCCAACUAUAUGUUUUCCCCAUUGAAAUUUGAAAACUCUCUAGGUAAACUUCAAUACGGCAGUGUAACAGCUCCACGCAAGAUAAUUGAUGCCGAUAUCAUGGGCAGCGAAACGAGCACAAUAGACUCGUCAUCUGGAUCUGCGUCUGCAGGACUUAAUACCGACAAAAGGCCCACGGCUAGCACUCCUCUGCUACCAGUUGUCAAUGAAGUAACACCGACCAAUUUCCGGAAGUCGCGUCACAUUUUACUUCAUAUCGAAACCCUUUAUCGCUAUCUACUGAAACUGGAAGACUUGGAAAAUCCGCAAGUAAUGGCCACGAUAGUUCUAAAGAAGAAGAAGGAAAGCGAACGUAUAGCUGCACUAGAACAGCUUGAGAUGGCCCACAAAACCCCCGAGGAACGUGCAGCCGAAAGUGCAAACCCACAAACGAUGAAUCCGGCGCUUAAAAAUAAAUUCAACUAUGAGAUUGAGCCUCGGACAGUGCUGGUGAACAAACUGAAAGCAGGUCUAACUUUUGAAAAAGUCGUUUCAAUGAUGAACGUUCGAAAGGGCAAGAUCUUAUUACGUCGCGUCAUGCCCUUCAUUUCCGAUCAGAGCUUGCGAUGGACUGUUUGGGCAGGAGUAUUCUGCUCACUACAGAAUGUUGUGAAGAAAGAUCGCGAUGACAUUGAAGGUUGUCUAUACGCUCUGUAUCCCGAAUUCAAGAAGCACAUACAUGAGUCAGACUUCGAGACAAUUGUUAAUAUUUCGGCUGCAAUCACACUGAAUGACAAGAAGUUGACAGGCAUAUUCUGCACCCGGUUUGGCAUCUUAUCGCUUAUUUGCUUGAUUUUGCGCUCAGAGGCGAUUUACGUGGCCUGCGAUGACAAGUCAUUAAGUGACGAGAGCAGAGAGAAGUGGCGGGAGUUUCUCGCACAGGUGGCAACCUGUCUCAAUAGAACCAUUCAAACUCAGACCAUUUCAGCAGCUAUUGAGUCAGAUGCAAUUCAGCCUCUUAUAAACCACUGUGCACGUUUUAAGGAUCUAAAGUUGGAUGGCCUUUUGGCUCUGAUUACGGAGGCGAAACAGCAGAUUGAUUAAGUUCGCAUUGAAAUUUUAAACUUUCUCGUUAUUGAAGUGGUAAUAUUUUCAUCAUUUUCCCUCACAUGCAGGAGCUGCUUGUAUCUAUAAAUUAUAUGUAACUCUCUCAGUUAUGCAAAGGUCAUACAAAUAUGGCUAUUGAUUAGGCUCACAUUCAUAUUUAACUAUAUUUUUGUUUAGAAAAAGUUUGUGAAAGUUUAAAAGUGAAUAGCGUUAGAUUAAGUUCAAAAUGUCGGCAGCACUAAAUUAUGUGCGUACACACAUACACCUACAUAACCGUAUCUAUAUGCACUCACACGUACACACCCUCAAAUAUAUAUGUAUGUACACUUAUUUGCUUACUUGAAUUAUAAGUUAGUUUUGGUGUUUGUAAAUAUCGACCAAAUGAAGUUUUCAUUAGUUUGGGUUAAAUGAAAUUAAAUUUGUGUGAAACCCAAUAAUCAUGAACUUAACAUUCAGCAUAUAUGUUUUAACACUUAAUUUAAAUCUUAAAAAAAAGUGCAUCUAAAAAUGUGUUUAAUGCAAAUAUUCAAAAUUGUGAUAAACAUUUUGUCUAUUUAAAAACUAGAAACAUACUUCAAAAUAAUGAAAAAACAUCAACUAACUUCAUAAAAAAAUUUUAAUUUUGUACCUAUUAUUUGGAUAAAAAUACCUAUGAAUUUAAUACAAAAGAAGAAAAACGA